GCAUGCGUGUGCUGUUGUAUGAGUAUGAGACGCAAGACUGCAGCACCCGGCUUGGGAAGUUCUGACAUGAUCCGGGUGUAAGGAGAGAAACGUGCUGAUAACUGCUUCUGUUUUAGGGUGAAUCUGUGCGCGUGGACCGUAUGACGUAGAAGCCGUGGGGGCAACAUGACAGCUAACGAGGAUCAGGAGAUGGAGCUGGAAGCUCUUCGCUCCAUCUAUGAGGGGGAUGAGUGCUUCAAGGAGAUCAGUCCAGUUUCCUUCCAGUUCAGGGUUGGGGACCUUGAGGACAGGAAAGCGUUCAUCCUGGAUGUCACAUGGCCAGACACGUAUCCAGAGACAGCACCACAAAUCUGCCUGGAUGCUUUUUUCAACAACAGAAUCUCUGCAGAGACGAAGCAGCUCAUCCUAUCGAAGCUGGAGGAGCAGGUAGAGGCAAACCUUGGCUCUGCCAUGAUGUAUACUCUGUUUGAGUGGGCAAAGGAGAACCAGGAGGCACUCAUGGAGAGCCACAGGCCUGUUGUGACUGCUGUGACCCUGACAUCAAACACUGAGGUGACGGCUCCCUCUGCAGCAAAGAAGAGAGAAAAGAAGGAGCAGCUGACAAAAGCACAGAAACGAAGAAUGAUUAACAGAACAGACAAUAAAGGGGAGCUACCUAGAGGUUGGAACUGGGUGGAUGUGAUCAAGCAUCUGAGUAGAACAGGAGGAAAGGAUGACGACUAGAGCAGAAGAAGUCUCACGCUUCACGCUUGAACGCCAAACUCAUUGUAGUUGCUGCUGCUCCUCUACAGAUGCCUUCACAGGCAGCCUGAGUGAUGUGGGACACUCAGCACGGCUGCUUGCGCCAUAAACACACCCCAUCGUUGUUAUCUGUGGUGUUUCUGCUCCACAGUCAGGUGAGCAGGUUGUCUGUCCUCCAUCAGGGUGGAGUUUUACCUGCUCAGACGUCCUGACUGUCACUGCCGUGUUUUCAGUUACACACUGAAGACGAUGACGUUGGAUCAAAACUGGUGUUCCGCUGUUACUUUAAGGUGCUGUGUAACUUUUUCAAAGAAUAGACAUUUUUAAUGUAACAGAAAAUACUACCCUUAAUCGUUUUCCUAUUUUGAUGUUAACUUUUCUUUAUAAAUUGUAAAUCUGGAAAUGUUUAUAUAAAAAUUAAACUCGCAUUUUGUCA